AACUCCUUCAUCUCCAUCUUCAAUUAUUUUAUCUCUUCACUUUUUCUUCGACCGAAUCCUCUUUUACGAUAUAAAAAUCAUCCAAUCUUAUCUGCAAUUUCAUCUUAUCUUUUUCAGUAUAAAUUAUCUUAUCAUCCUCUUUCCUUUUCUUCACCAAUAAUUGUGGUUUUCAUCGGCGAUCAUGGCGGAGGAGCUUUCACCGGAGCAAGAGAAAGAAAUUAAGAAGCUUAAUGUGUUUAAGAUCAAAGGCAGAGAUAAACGCGGACGUAAAAUCCUACGGAUUAUUGGAAAGUACUUUCCAGCUAAGGAGCUAAGUUUGGAUGUGUUGAAUCAAUAUCUGGAGAAGAAGAUAUUUCCGAAACUCGAAAGACCUUUUGCUGUGGUUUACAUCCACACCGAAGUUUGUAAGAGCGAGAAUUUCCCCGGAAUAUCCUUUCUCCGGUCAGUUUACGAUUCGAUUCCGGUCACCGUCAAACAGAAUCUCGAAACGGUUUACUUCGUUCAUCCAGAUCUACAGUCCAGGCUCUUCCUCGCCACAUUCGGCCGUUUCAUCUUCACCGGAGGGUUAUAUGGGAAGCUGCAGUACGUGAGUAGAUUGGAUUAUCUGUGGGACCAUGUUAGGAGAAACAAGAUGGAGAUCCCGGAAUUUGUUCGAGAUCAUGAUGAGGAUCUGGAGUACCGUCCGAUGAUGGAUUAUGGUGUGGAGAGUGACCACCCUAGAGUUUAUGGUGCACCCGCCGUUGAUUCGUCUGUGGCGAUGUACUCAACGAGGUGCAUUUCUUAGGAGUGUAGAACGACGCCGUCCUGAUAAUCCAAAGGCACUGAGCGUCCCCCCUUCCUCUUGGUUUUGUUGGUUUGAAGUUGAACUAUGCCUUUUGUAUGGGUGUUUUAUGUAAAUAUUAAAUCAGUGUGGUUUACUUUUCGUUGCAAUGAUCCAGUGACUUGAAUUUUUGUUUCAAAA